AUGUUUGUCACUAUUCUGUUUGGAGACAGCAGGAUGGAAAUGUUCAAUCUCAACUGUAAACUGAUCAACUUCAUUCAUCAUAUAAAGGAGAGGUGCGGUCUGGACUCUCAAGACUGUGUGGACCUGAUGGACGGCAGUGGUUCAGUGAUGAAUGUCGAGGCGAAGCAGCACAGUGUGGCUCUGGCCAGGAGCGUGCUGGUAGAGAGACAAUACUACGUCCUCCUGCGAGUCUGCCGAGAUGAUGACACUGGGGGUCGGAAAUAUGUGUCUCUCCUAAACAACUAUAGCCAGAGUCAUCCUGAGUUAACAGAGCUGUUGAGGAAACUGUCAAACCCCAACACGGAGCGAGACAGAAAGCUCCGAGGAGGACGGACACAGAGGAGCAGUCCCGCCAAACAAACCAGGAGCAAAAACAUCUCUGCAAAUAACAAGACUCACCAAAUUCAAUAGUUUCUGUAUGAGUCCUGACAGACUUUUAAGUCUGUUGUCUUCAGACACUUUUCAGUAGAAAACUCAAAACAAAACGUUGUGUAUUUGCACAUAAGUAGACUAGCUACAUCCUGUGUGUAUGCAUCUAUCUG